CCUUACCAAGCAACAUGGACAAAUUGAUCAUUGUGGUUUUGGUAGCAACUGUUUUAGGCCUUAAGGAAACAUUAGCCAAAGCCCGGCAAGAUGCGAGCACCCAGAAGCAUUCUGCACCGCCCAGCGUUCUGGAGUUCAUGAACACAACUGAAACCAUAUGGACAUUGAAUACGACCUAUAACACCACCGUUUGGUGUAAAAAUGACAAGGUGGAUAACACAACAGAUAACACAACAUAUUUUACGCGUUCUUUUCUUGAUGGCAACCAUAGUUGGGUCCAUAAACACUACUUAGGAGAAGUGGAUCCGAACCAGCCAGAUACAAUGCUUGUAGGAUUUCAAGGUAUUGGACAGGGAUUUAUAACGAAUGAGACAUUGCUAUACAUGGGACCUGGCGGCAGCUGCGGUGUUUUUAGCGUGACCCGUGCUGUUGGUCUAGGCAUGCCUCGUUUUACGUCCACAGAAUACCCAGAUGUCUGGUUUGACCUACGUGUGAGGAACUCUUCGAUAUCAAGUGUCGAUCCGAACUGCACUACUCUAUACAACGAGAGAGCGUCUUCCCAAAAUAUAACGACGCAAUAUAACGAGACUUGCCAGAGCGCUCGUGGGCGAGAAAUUGAACUGUGAAACAUCGCCAGCAGCUGCACGCAAUAGCAAGAGCGCGUCCCUGCUGCGUGUGCUUCCAGCAAUCUGGCAGUGGUUUCAAUAAAGAAUCUCGGAGCAGCAA